UUGACACACGGACUGACCCGAGGAGCGGUGCAGCUGCGCGUGCGGCCGAUCCUUGUGUGACUCACAGCGCGUUUUUUAUUAUUAUUAUUUGUUGUGAAGCUCACCUGUGCGUCGCUCAUGGAAACCAGGCAGCAAGAGAUGUACUCUAGUGUUCUGAGUGGAUCAGUGGUGGACUGGGGCAGCAUGGGCCCCGGAGAGGAAUGGGUUGAUUCAGCCAUACACGAGGGAGAGCAGGGUUUGAAUCAAGGUAAGCUUUACCCCUCUGAUGAGGAGUCCCUUAGGAAAAGCUCAUAUGGUUUUACCUCCGUCGUCCAAAAUGGGGAAAACCUGACAGAAUGGGGUAAAACUUCACCCUCAGGGGACAGCCGGUGGGGUCACACAUCAGUGUCUGACACCUGGGCCACGUCCACCGCUUGGGAUAUGCAGCUGGACAGCACAGAGAGGGGACACCUCACCGCAGGUUUUCUAGAUUCGGAGCCACUGAGAGAGGCUGAUGAAGACUUUGUGUCAGACGUCAACCUGAGCGCCUCCAUGACGGAGGAAGAGAGGGAGGAGAUUCAGCAAGAGUUAGCUAAACUGGAAGAGGAGAUCGGCACACUGAGGCAGGUUUUGUCUUCCAAAGAGAAGCAGCAUGCGGAGCUCAAACAGAAACUGGGCAUCACUCCUCUGAGCGAGCUCAAAACCAACUUCAGCAGAGGCUGGCACGACAUGCAGAGCUCAGUAGCCUACAAGAAGACAUCAGAGACGCUUUCCACAGCGGGACAGAGAACCUCGGCAGCCUUCAGCACGCUCGGCAGCACCAUCACCAGGAAGAUUGGAGAUAUGAGAUCCAACUCCAUAGGUUACUCUAUCAAACACUCUAUGAGCAUGCCCGCUAUGAGAAACUCUCCCAGCUUCAGGUCUUUUGAAGAGAAAGUUGAGAACACAGUUUCCACUAUCAAGACAAAGGUUGGCGGCACCGGGAGUGGCGGCAGCUUUGAGGACGUCCUGUCAUCCGCAGCGCACGCCAGCUCACAGGACACGCCCACCAACAACUUGAUGGACAGCUCUGGGAGGCAGUGUUAAGGCUCCACCCGGACCACGAGCCAGGGCUUAAACGGGAACUCCGCUGCCGAUGUGUCGCAGCACUUUAACUCAAAGCUCUGACUGAAACAGUGCACAACACCUUUUGAUCCUUAGUGUCAAGGCGCUUUUGCAGAAUACAGAUUGUCUUAAAACCUAAAUAAUUACAUUUACCCAAAAUGAGCCCUAAGGCUGCAGUCGUCUUCUUUUAUUUUAAAAGAUCAACUCUAAACCUCAUAUGAUACGGGGACUAAUGAGAGCAAGGAGCCUAUAAUGUUUUCCUUCUAUUUAUAGUGUUGAAGGGUUUUUAGUGGAUUUGAUGAAUGCCAUCUGUCCUCCAGAGGUUUCCUAACCACGUUACACCACAGAUGUUGAUGAGAUGGGGUUGGGGAGGAGCAGCUAGCAGAUAGGCCUUAAAUGACCUGAAACACGACAUGAAACGAGUCUGAGCUGAUUACACAUCAACUUCAGGAGACAGACUGAACCUAAACCCCGCAUAUCGAGCUGGUACUUUCUUCUUCUUCUAUUUGGCACAUUUGUGCUCAUGUAGUUCACUCAGCUGUCAGAUCACAGCUGGGUUUCCCCAGACACAAAACAAAAGGCCGAUUCCUCCGUGAGAUGUGUAAAUUUAAGACGAGUGGAAAAAGUGACAGUAGAUGUUCAACACCGCAUCAGUAUGAGAGUUUUAAAACAGCUACCUUUUUUUAUUAGGACAGCAGAAAACUGCUGUUUCACAUCUUUACUAGAAAUAUGUUUGUGAUUUUAAAAAAUUAAGUAAUUUUAUUACUUAAUGCUGUAAAAAUGUGACUGUGAUCAACCUGAACAUCCUGGGUGACGUUUGUAUAAAGGAUUUUACACUACUACAGAAGAUCUAGCUCCUCAGGUUUCACUGUGGCAUCUAAAAACAUUUUGUUGUCGGCAUUUCACGAUAUAUACUCAGUGUACUGAUAUACACAUGGGGUUGGGGAGGCGCAGCCAGCAGUGAGCUGCAGCUGGGGUCUGUUUGAAUAUCUAAAUGCAAACUGUGAGAGCAACUACAGGAAGCAGUGGUGUAUAUGUGAAAAAGCAUCAGUGCGACAUGAUGUAUCAUCGGGAGCACAAUUCUUGGCUGUAAAUGUGACGCAUUAAUCCAGCGAAUGCUGUUACGCACGUAGUGAAACUACAUGAGCUCAGAUUUUAACGCUGAAAAAUUGAAUUCAGUGUCACUAUAACUAAAAUGUUGGUGCCGUAAACGAUGAGAAUGAUCUUUGCAACUAUUCAAAUCUGCUCUGUGUGGCAAACUCAUUACUUUGUCUUUGUAUUAUUUGCAGUAAAUAAUCGUUUGUGUUUUGUAGUUUUUACUUUCUCUUUCAUGUGUUAAACUUUUGUUUUUGGUCCUCUCCCAUGAGAAGAUGCUUGGCCCUUGAAAUACAUUCAAUAAAAUCCAUAAACAGAAACAGACUCACUAAAAAUAACUCGUUCUGUUCUGUCUUUGGAAAAUUGAUUUCAAUAAACCUUUUAUGUAAUAAAUGUCUUUACAGCAUAAACACAAAAAGACAUAACUGUGACCAUCAUGUACAAUAACACUGUAUGUGAAUGAUCAAUAACUGUUUUUAUGACUUUAGUAUGUAUAAUAAAGAUUGUUUGAACCAAA